AUGGCUCAAACCACUACUGCCAACAAAGCCUACACUCUACACUUUUCCUACGACGAGGACGAUAGCUGCGCUCUAACUGCUCUCAUCAACGAUGUCCGCUUCCACGUCACUGUUGACCCCAAAACGCUCCAGAAAUCCAGUGAGAAGCCUCUUUAUUACAAAUAUCUCGAAUUGGUCUCUGCACUCCGCGAAGCCGAGGAGCGCGAGGAGGAGCUAGCUGAAGAGCGAGAAGCGAAAGUGCAUGAUAAGAAGAACAACAAGAGUAAAGACCGAGAAGGCUCGGAGGGAAAGGACAGUGGGGUGGACGUCUCGGCCGACGACGAUUAUGUACCAGAUGACGGUGAAUACACACCAGAAAACAUCGAAGAAGCAGGAGAAGACGCCGACCAAGACUCCGCCAGCGCAGGCGUCGAACUGCGAAACUGGAUCCUCGCCUCCUUGUCCGACAUCACGCAAACCUCUGCGCCGCCGAACCGCGAACCAGAAGAAUCAACACUCUACGAAUGGUACCACGGCCCAACCUAUUUCUACACUUUGAAGAUCACAAAGGGAGAGCUCUCCCCAACACUCCUAGAAACAACAACCGACCUAGAAGCCAAAAUCGAAGACCUCGUACCUCGCAUGAAAGUCCCAAAAUACAUGCAAGACUACAAACUUCCCUGGCACAAUGCAAACGACCUAACCGUCCAAUCUGAAGUCAGCAUGCCUCCACCCGCCCAUCCAGGUCAAGUUCUGCACAACGAGAGCAGCGAAACAUAUUUUUUCAAGCCCGUGGUAUCCGACCAACCCGACUCCGUGAAGCGUGAAAUACAGAUCUUACGGAAAAUGGAGAAACUGAAUCUUGACAUCAAGUUCCCCCGCCUGCGCGGCUUCGUUGCUCUGGGCAACAGCAAGACCGAGGUCAUGGGCCUAUUGCUAGAGAACAUCGAGACACCGACGCCAUUGACAAAGCUGCUCAAGUCUUCAGUAGAUGAGGAGAAGCGGCGCGUUUGGAGCAAGAAGAGCGCAGAGUACAUAUCGCUGCUUCACGACAACGACAUUAUAUGGGGUGAUGCGAAAGCGGAUAACUUCAUGGUGGACGCCCACGACGAGCUUUGGAUUAUUGAUUUUGGAGGCAGUUAUACAGAGGGGUGGAUAGAUCCGGAGAUCAGUGAGACGCUCGAGGGUGACGAUAUGGGACUGGAAAAGAUUCAGCUUGCGCUCGAGGAUCCAGAUAAGAAUACAUUUGAUCUGGGGCUGGUCGAUGAGGAAGAAGAUGAGGUGGAGGCGGAAGUGAGCGAGCAGAUUAGUAAUGUGAAGGAGACGGCCAGUACGCUGUUUGUUACUGAGAAGUCGGCUGGCGAGGAGGUCACGAGGACUGAGAAGAGGAAGAGAGCAAUCGACGAGGUCGAGGGUGGGGAUGGUGUGGACGCGACGAGAUGUACUGAUGAAGGGGAAGAAGAAGAGCACAUGGAAAAGAAGAGGAAGACCGUACAGGAAGAGGAAGAAUAG